GGCUCGCUAAUGGUGGACGCGUGAGGCGGAGGAGCGCGGCGGCGGGAGGCAGCGGGCAGCGCGGCGGCGGCGCCAUGUCCGUGAACAUGGACGAGCUCAAGCACCAGGUCAUGAUCAACCAGUUCGUGCUGACGGCGGGCUGUGCCGCCGACCAGGCGAAGCAGCUGCUGCAGGCGGCCCACUGGCAGUUCGAGACGGCUCUUAGCGCCUUUUUCCAGGAGACCAAUAUCCCCUACAGCCACCACCACCACCAGAUGAUGUGCACUCCUGCCAACACCCCUGCCACGCCCCCCAACUUCCCUGAUGCCCUCACCAUGUUUUCCCGUCUCAAGGCUUCCGAGAGCUUUCACGGUGGUGGCAGUGGUAGCCCAAUGGCCGCCACGGCCACGUCCCCCCCGCCGCACUUCCCCCACGCCGCCACCGGCAGCUUCGCGGCCCCGAGCUGGCCGACUGCGGCCUCGCCCCCAGGGGGGCCACAGCACCACCAGCUGCAGCAGCCGCCCCUGUGGACUCCGGCACCUUCCUCCCCAGCGUCAGACUGGCCACCCUUGGCCCCCCAGCAGGCCACUUCAGAACCAAGGGCCCACCCUGCCAUGGAGGCCGAGAGAUAAGGGAGGCCCCUCCCCCCUCCCGGAGGCCAGGACCCUGUGGGGCGGGGGAGAGGAUGUCUCUGUGGGCCCCCUUCACCCUCCUCUGUCUGCACCCCCCGUUCCCCGGAGCCCUGGAGGGGAGAGACUGGACCUUGGUGCCAGCACACAGGCUGCCCACGCACAGACAUGGAUGCGCAGGCACGGGGCACCCACCUUGCAUGGAUUUGGUUCAGAGUUGUCUUGGUGCUGGUGGACAGAACUUCAGAGAACAAGCAGCCUUCCCCAGAGGACUUGCUCGCCCUGCCCCAGCCCAGGGGGCUGCGGAAAAUCGCCACAGCAGCGGAGACUUGGCUGGCUCCUGUCUUGGAGCUCCUUGGGGGCCAGCAGGCCUAGAUCCCCACCCUUGGGAAUGCAGAGCCUUCUCCGCAUGUGUGUGUGUAGCUGUGUCUGUAUUUAUAUGUAUGUCGCUCUCCAAGAAGCAACCUAGUUUAUGGGGCAGCUGGACUUUGCAUGUUAGAGUGAGCCCCCAAGCCCCUUGCCCGCCACCCCUCUCCCCAGGGCCCUGCCUCUCUCCCGCCCCCUUGUCAGCCAGCCUUGCUGUUCCCUGCACAGAAAAGAAUUGUGGGAAACUCCAGGACUCUUCCCACCCAUUCCCCAGCGCCUGCCUGCUGGGGCUGCCUGCAUGCCUCCCCCAGAGCCCGGGGGUACCUCACACCCUUUCAAUUCCCCCUUUUAACAGAAGAAAGAGUUCAAACCACCA